GUUAGCCCCCGCGCUCAGAGCCUUUCGAUGGAGGAUGAGGUAGCCAUGUUGUAGCGGGGAGAAGAGCAGGUCUGUACGAGGGACAAAGCGGAUAUAUUCAGCGUAGAAUCGGUUCAGUUCGGCCCCACGGUUCGUCGGGACCGCCCAUCCUGCCCUCUGAUCGGACUGAAACCUUCCAGCAGGCACCAUGAGCGGCGGGACGCCUUACCUGGGCAGUAAAAUCAGCCUGAUCUCGAAGGCCGAGAUCCGCUACGAAGGGAUCCUGUACACCAUCGACACCGAGAACUCCACGGUGGCUCUGGCUAAAGUCCGCUCCUUCGGCACCGAGGACCGGCCCACUGACCGGCCCAUCCCCCCUCGAGAUGACACCUUUGAGUACAUCAUCUUCAGAGGCAGCGACAUCAAGGACCUGACGGUGUGCGAGCCGCCCAAGCCGACAUGCUCUCUGCCUCAGGACCCGGCGAUAGUCCAGUCGUCCAUGAGCUCCAGCUCCUUGUCUUCUGCUGCUGCUGCUCCGACUCCGUUCCAAUCCGCUGGCUCCUACGGCCUCUUCAACCGAGCUCCUGUUCCGGCCUACAACCAGUUCACCGCCAGCCCCCUGGUGUCCCCCCAGUUUGGACCUGUUGGUGUUGGUAAGCACACAGCAGGUCGCAGCAGCCCCAGUCUGGACCCUCUGAGGAAGAGUCCCACCCUCGAGCAGGUGAUCCAAACCGCCUCAUCGGCCCCCACCGCCGCCCCCUCUGCUCCAGCCCCUGGCCUGGGGCGCAGGAGCCCCGCCCAUGCUCGCACAGCCCCCUCCACGGCGGGCCAGGGAGGGCAGAAGGUGCAGCAACAGCAGGAUGGUGUGGACACGAGGAGGGGUGAGACUAUCAGGGGAGGCCGCAGCAGCUGGUCUGCACCCCGAACCAUCUCCGCCUCUCACAUCAGUGCUGUAGAUAGAGCGUCAGCUGCAGGCCCCGCCCACUCUGUCUUUAGCCAUGCAGCGGCUCAGGGAGCACCGGCCAACCGGCGUGUGCGAGGCAGUGGCUACCGUGGAAGAGGGCGCUUUAAUGUUCGCCGAGACGGACCGAUGAAGUUCGAGAAGGACUUUGACUUUGAGAGUGCCAAUGCCCAGUUCAACAAGGAGGAGAUCGACAAAGAGUUUCAGAGCAAGCUGAAGCUGAAAGACGAGAAGGCGGAGAAGGCGGUGAACGGGGAGGAGAAAGGCGACUCUGCUGUUGAAACUCAGAACAGCGAGGGGAACGCUGAAGAGGAGGGUGACCCGCUGGGACCCAACUGCUACUACGACAAGUCCAAGUCCUUCUUCGACAACAUCUCAUGUGACGACACCAGGAAAGCAAACGAGAAGUCUGGAGGCUCCGUGUUCCCAAGGGAGCGGAGGCAGACCUGGGCGGAGGAGAGGAGGAUGAACGCCGAGACAUUCGGCAUCCCUCUCCGUCAGGGCAGAGGACGCGGAGGUUACCGCGGCCGGGGAGGGAUGGGCUACCGUGGAGGGCGGGGCGGUUCAUCUGAGAAACAUUCAAAACAAGAAAAAAAGUCCAGAUCUCUUCACGCUAACGUGACGGUGGCUGGAGUGUAAAUGUCAUUUUGUUUCUGGGAUGUUUUUGUUCUUCAUACUGAUCUUCCCUGAACCUGUACUGAUCCUGCUCUGUUAGCGUCCAGGUUACACUCACAUACUUUAUUUUGGGGGCGGAGUCACGGGGGCUCCGGCGCACCUUUCUAACAUAUUUUUCUACUCUCUCACGUAGGCUCACUCUCACGUCUCCUUCUUCUCGCCGUGCUCCUCGUUUCUGUUCUCGCUCGCCUCACUACGUGUCACGUUUCAGCUUUAGUGUCGGGAGCAGCGGGGCUCGUUUUUACUCGUUCACAGUAGGAUUGUAGGUCACCAUGAAGCUGCUGCGCCGUCAGAGCUGCAGGUUCAUGAAGCUGCUGCGCCUUCAGAGCUGCAGGUUCAUGAAGCUGCUGCGCCUUCAGAGCUGCAGGUUCAUGAAGCUGCUGCGCCGUCAGAGCUGCAGAUUCAUGAAGCUGCUGCGCCGUCAGAGCUGCAGGUUCAUGAAGCUGCUGCGCCUUCAGAGCGCCGUCAGAGCUGCAGGUUCAUGAAGCUGCUGCGCCUUCAGAGCUGCAGGUUCAUGAAGCUGCUGCGCCGUCAGAGCUGCAGGUUCAUGAAGCUGCUGCGCUCCGAUGUGUCUAAACUAGCGUCUCACUUCUCAAAUAUUCAAACUCAAAGAACUUCAAAGAGAAGGAGCAGGCAGGUGUUCAGUCGUAGUUUCUUUAGAUGUUAAUUUAUCCUCAGCUGAUUUGUUUCUCAUUGUGAUGUUGUGAACCAAUCACAGC